AUGUUGGGUGUUGUUCCGGAUGCUGUUCGUCUUCACCAAGACAGUUGGGGAUUGAAGAAGCUUUUCAGCUACAUGAUUCGCAAAGCAGGCAAGGACAAGGAUACCAUCGCAGAUCCCAAGCGCCGAGACCCUUGUCAAACCUCCUUUAUGGAUGAUAGCCUUGACAAAAUUGAGCAGGCUGUGCACUUGGCCUAUGAGAACCUGUUCAAGCACUGGGGCGUCAGGCUGCGCAAGGCCAAAUCCCAUGUUGUCAUCCUUGACGAUGACCCCAAAGAGGUGAAGGAGGAGGAGCAGGACUUUCAAAGGGCAUUGAAUGGGGAUGAAUGCGAUGAACAGGAUCAGGAUGAGGUGGUGGUGAUUGAUGACCCUUACUUGGACCCCAUGUUUCCAUUUGACCUUGGCCCAGUGGUUGAGAAGGAUGAGAAAUCCAAUGGGGAGUGUGAGCCAAAGAUUCCUGACAUGUCGAAACCUGCGCCAAUUCCAGUUGAUGAUGAUGUUCUUUGCUGUAGCCCCCCGACGCAUGUGUUGCAGCUGGCCAACAGCGCAGUUUCCCGGGCAGAAGCCUCCAAACCUGAGCCUCAAGGUGGAAUCAUGGACAACAUGGAGACGCUUCCCUUCUUGUCCCAAGAGUUUCCGGACGAAUACAUGUUGAAUGACGAGCUCUCUCCUGCUACUACGGUUGUGACCCCGUCACCACUGCCUGGCAAGGAGGCUCCUACGAUCACACCUGACAGGAUUGAGCCUUUGUGCCGUGGAUUGGCUGUCCAGUUUGAGAAGGUCAUUGAAGAGAACGACAAAACCUUUGAAGCUUGCCCGGUUGCCUCAGCUUCCACUGGCCCACAAGGUGUUGAAACCAACAAGGAGGACACCGAGAAGAUCUCUCAGCCAACCAUGGAGGAGAAGAAGGUUUCACUUCAGGUUGAGGCUGAUCAGAAGGGCUCUGCGAUUGAGGGGGAGACACCUUGUUCUUCAGGUACUCAGCCAGGCUUUGAGAAACCUGAUGCUACUUCCAUCGAACCUGACAUCACAAUCGACCCUGUGGCUGAGCAGGUGGGGCUGCAGACAGAUGAGGAACCCCGACCAGAACCUGGGACCACCAAAGAGCCUACUGCCUUCUUCGACAAGCCUGAGACCGGCAAGGACCAUCAACCUGAACAGACCAUGACCAGCCCUGCGCAAGUGAAUCCUGGCAUCUUCGAGGACUCUUUGCCUGAUGGGGUGGCACCUGAGGGAGAGAUGGAUCAAUCAGACCAGCUCCAACCUGACAUCAAAAAUCAUGAUCAACCUCAACAGGAAGCAUCCGAAGUCAAGGACGCAAAGCCCGUUGCUGAGCAUCCACAGGAUGAGGACCCAGGUGCUGAGUCUGACAUGGUGGUGGAAGUUGCUUCCCCAUCCAUGGAAGAGCUUCUUGAUGCUGGGAUGGAAGCUGAUAGCAAGGCUCCUGUUGUCUUGAGGCGGGAGCAGUAUGCCCAGAAAAAGGAAAACCAUCCACCUGGUCGAAGGGGGAGGCCACCUAAGAAGGAUGGAGAGAAGGCCAAGCCCAGAGCCAAAGCAAAAGCAAAGGCGAGAGGAGAACCAAAGGCAAAGGCGAAAGGAAAAGCAAAAGCGAAGGCUCCAAGAGCAACACCCAGCCGUGCUGUGCAAGACCUUGGAAAGACUUGGAUGGGGAUUGACAUGAUCGUCCCACCAACGCCUGCCCCGCCGCGAGUUCCGGAGGUUGCUGACAACCUGGUGCCGCCCCCAGCUGAAGAGAUCAAGCCUGAAGAGCCAAAGAGGAGAAGCAGGAAGCGAGUUGCAUCAGCACCAGCAGCAUUGGAACCAGCAGAAGCAGCUCCAUCAUCAACAUCGUCAUUGGCCCCAACAGCGUCUGAGCCCAGCAAGAAGAGGAAGAAGGACAAGAAGGAUAAGAGGGAGUGUGCUCAUGGUGCUGAUGGUGCCAAUCACAAUGCUGAUGGUGGAGAGAUCGAGGCAGAGGAGAACAAGGUGAAGAAGAACAAGGGAGAGAAGAACAAGGGAGAGGACGAGGGAGACCAUGAAGAGGAGACCAAGGUGAAGCUCAAGUCCUUUGCGAGGAGACCCAUGCCGAAGACCAACCCAUCCCAGCUCAAGUGGUUUGCAAUCCGUGACCACUUCAAAGAGAACGUUUCGCCGGAGUUGGCCAAGUUUAUGCGUUUCCCUGGGAAGCUCGAGGACCAAGGGGAUGCCAUCUUUCUUGUGCUCCUGGUUCACUGGAUGGGAGUUGGUGGUGAUGAGGGCUACCAGGUGUACAAGGUGGCGUUCUGGAUGCGGAAACACAAGGCAUUGACCUGGAAGCGGACUUGGAUUUGGAGUGUUAGCGACAUUAUACAACAACUAGACUUGGGACCACUUUCUCAGGAUGACCCACACUCAGACUCCUAUUCGCCAACAUCAUCGAAUUCCGUCGUCGAUGUAAGCCUGAAGAGGGAGCUGGUGCGACAGGCUUUGGAGGCUGUGAACAAAGGUCCUGGGGGUGAUUCCACUCUGGAAACAGGAGGUUCUGUGGAGCCAUUGGAUUCUCAGCAGCCCCAUCGUGUGGAAGACCUCAUGGUUAGCCGUUGCACAAAGCGAAUCCGGGAAAAGGUGACAGAGCAGGAGAUGUGGGUAGAUGGUGAAUUUGCAUCUGAAGAAGACAUGAAAGGUGAGCUGAACCUGAAUGAGAAACGCAUAAAAGCCAUCAAGGCGGAGUGUGAGAAACGCCCAGGCUGGACCAGGCGUGACCGCUAUGAGAAAAAUAUCGUUCUCUACUGGGUGGAGAAGCGUGUGGCUGGCAAGUUGUUGAAAAAACGACGAUCUGUGCUCAUGGAUGAGUCUGAGACUGAUGAGGAAUUCCAGGACAAGGAUGAUGAUUUUGAGAUGGGUGGGUGGUGUCAUGCAGCCCAGCCUGAGACAGGUGCGGAUGGUUUGACUCGAGCUGAAAAACUUCAAGCUGACAAGGAAGCUGCCUGGGCCAAGUGUCUCAAGGCUGUGACAUGGCCGGAGAUGGAUGACGAUGCUUUGCCCAGUGCCUACAUGACAAAGGUGCUGAGCUGUGUCGGCAAAUGGCAGCUCAAAAUGGGUCAGUUGUCUACUGCACUGGACGCCUUUGACGAGCCUGACAACUGCAUGAAACAGCUUACUGAGCAAAGCAAGGCAGUGGCUGCUUCGCUGAUGGAAGUUGCAAAGGGGUUGGAUGAGUUGAACAAAGAUGCAGUCCUCAACGACGUCAAUGAUAAUGAUGAGUUACUUGCCAUUACAAACAUCGUGAAAAAAUCAAGAUUUCAUGGCCAAGUAAAGCAUGUUCCAUCAUUAUCUAUCAUUAUAUCAUGUAUAUAA